AUGUCCGAGUCAGAGCUGAGCCCGAAAUUCGCGCCGUUCUUCGGCAUGGCCGGCAUUGCGAGCGCCAUGAUAUUCGGCUGCAUGGGGGCGGCAUACGGCACCUCCAAGUCUGGCAUUGGCAUCGCGGGCGUGGGAACGUUUAGGCCAGAUCUGAUUAUGAAGUGCCUCAUCCCCGUGGUCAUGUCGGGAAUUAUCGCCGUCUAUGCGCUCGUUAUCUCCGUUUUGAUUGCGCAGGAUCUCCAGCCACCGUCGCAGGGGAGCUACAGCUUGUUUAACGGGUUCAUGCACCUUGCCUCUGGGCUGUCGGUUGGGUUGACAGGACUUGCAGCUGGGUACUGCAUCGGGGUUGUGGGAGACAAGGGAGUCAGGGCAUAUAUGUCCCAGUCCCGCGUUUAUGUCGGGAUGGUCCUCAUCCUUAUCUUCGGAGAGGUCCUCGGUCUCUACGGCCUUAUCGUGGCUCUCAUCCUCAACACCAAGAGCAAGGGUUAA